UUCUGGGUUCUUUGGGGUCAGUUGUUUUAAUUUCUAAAUUUGAGUGGUUUUUGUCUUAGAUUUAGGGAUAGUUAGUAAGACUUAGAAAUGGUUGUUCGUUGGUUUGUUUGAGUUUCUCUGUAUUAAUGUUCUUUUUAGGCCUUGUUGAUAUUUAUAAUUGCAACUGAUGUAGGAAUUGCCUUUAUGCUCAAUGCUAACUGCUAUGUGCGAAACAACUUCCGCUAAAUCUAGUCAGAACCUCAACGAAAGUGGUUCCCCAUCGGACUUUUAUCGUGAUAGUUCCCACCGGAUGUACCUUACAUUAGCAUUAACUUGUUAUCGCUGAUGCAGUUGCUAGAACCGAGUGUGUUGUAUGUGAACGAGUGGACGGUAUUUGUUCUGUUCUCUGGUCAAAUACACCAAAGCCUAGAUGAAAAUGCUCAACCGUUGUGUGUAAACGUUUAAGGGAAAAGGAGCAACCCACGUCUCCGAGUAGAUUUAGAGGAAAGACAUUUUAAUCGACAGAAUGUGGCAAGUUUUAGCUUGUGGCGCCGUAGUUUUCCCCGGUCUGUUUGUCGCCUUCAGGAGGAUUUUACCGGCCGUAUUUGAAAAGUGGAACGAUGCAGACGUGGUGCUGGUCAGCGAGAGACUGGUGUCCUCCAUCCAUGCCAUCAUGGCAACAACCGCAGGAGUCAUCAUUGUAUCAUCAUGCAGGGACGUCAUUAACGACAGACACUGGCUGGCCACCCACUUUGUCAUCUGGUACGGUGUGCCCUACAUGACGUACGACAUCUUUGCCAUGUACCUCAGUCACUACUACCGUUUCCAUGCCAAGGGCCACGAUGACUACAAAAAGCAUUCACUGAGAACUGUUAACUCCUUUAUUCAAAAGGAGUUCCUGCUGGUGCUGCAUCACAUCGCCUUGCUCACCAUCCUUCUGCCGGUUACACUGUUCUGCAGGAAGGACCAGGGGGAUUUCUUCAUUGGCUGCUUGUUUCUAACCGAGCUCAGCACUCCCUUCGUGUCCCUGGGGAAGAUACUCAUUCAGCUCAGCCUCCAGGAAUGCUGGCUGCACAAGGCCAAUGGCGCCAUGGUGCUGCUCAGCUUCUUCAUGUGCCGCAUUGCCCUCUUCCCCUUCAUGUACUGGAUGUACGGCCGUCAUUACGGCAUCCCGCUCUACAGCGUCCCCUUCCACCUGCCGCUCGCCGCCACCCUCGGUAGCUCUUGCAUCUUGGCACCGCAGGUCUACUGGUUCGUCCUGCUCUGCCGAAAGGGCUACCGCCUGUACAAGCGCAGCCGCAGUCCAGUGGUCAAUGUGACUGACAAUUCCAAGGACGAUUGAUGUCUGCUCCACAACUUUAACCUACAUACUUGACUGCUACUAGCUUAUUUGACUUGAAUAUUUUAAUAUUCCACAGCUGUGCUGUAGUGCUUCAGGAUCCGAGGACAAGUCCUGAGCAUCUUCCACACACUUCACUUCCUCCGUUACAUAUCUGCUCCCUAAGUGGAACUCUACGUGGAACUUUUUUCUGCUACUGAAGUCUAAUAUUUCAAAUAAUUUUGGGAUUCGGUUCUUGCCUGAUCCAUGUUGCGUCUAUCAACAUUUCUCACACUGAAGAAAGGUCAAGGUCAAACUACCUGAUUAGAAAACCCUAAAUAUAAAGAAGGACUGACAUCUCAUCUGUAAAGCUGGAUUCACACGCAUGCAAUGCUCCAGUGAGCAACAUUGGCUUAGGACUUGGUGAAGAUGUAAGAUGGAGAGGUCUUAGUUGGACUACAGAGCAUUAGUCCUCUACAUAAAUGGUGAUGACUGCGUGUUCAAUCCACAAUGCUGUGAGUAACCCACAAGAAUUGACCUCUAAACACCCAGAUGCAUCAUCAGCCUCUAUACACACCUGGUUCCUACAACUUUCAAGAUUUUAACUUUUUUUUUUUUUCAUCUCGUAGAUGCAUACUCUGGGAUUUAGCCUCGGCCAAUGAUACACAAGCUGCGUCCAUGCUACUCUGUUUUUUUUCUUCAUUUACGAGCUCUGGCCCCACCAGCAUUUUGGUUGGUUUUGAUCUAGUCGUUGACCAUACAAACGCAACUUCCUUGACAACAAACCUUCCUCUAUAUUGGAUUAAAAAAUUACUAGGAGGGGAUAUUCACCGUUAAGACCCCCCCUGCCCCCCCCCAGGCUACUGCAUGUAUUGUACCAUGCUAAUUUUAAGCUGCCAACAAAGACCUAAGGAGCAGAUCAAGUGUCAUUUGUUGUUCUGUGAUUUAUUAUUUAUUUUGCAUUCCAUCAAUGGCUCUAUGGGUCAUCUAAAAUGUGUUGCAAAGACAGCAGCCUACUUCUCCAUGUCAAUCUAGAAAUAACAUAUUUGCUUGCAGUUCCACUGCUGGCCACACCACUGGCAAAUUUCCAUUCUUAGAAUUCUGUCAAUUAUAAUUGUUUUUACCCCAAAAUGCGAUGUUUAGACGAUCUCCGGAUUGAACCCUUAUUACUAUUCAUUGAUGCAUCUGAAAUAUUAAUUUUUAGCACUCAUAUCAGGGAAAUUGAUGAUAAUUUGAAAUACUCAGAUCCAGUUUUUUCUUUUAAUUAUUAUUUUAAAUAAAACCUCUCUGCUUGGACAGAGAGAGAGAUGGGUCAGUUGGCCAGGCAGCUCCACAAUUGCCUCAUGUAUUUGUAUACAAAAACAGAUUAGCGUGGAUGUAGAUUAGUGUGAAUCAGAUCAUUGUGUAUGUGUGAAUCCUGCUUCAGUCUCCUACUGUGAUCAAAGCUGCUGCUGGUCUGGAUGAUCUGUUACAGAGUGCGUGUUGUUGUGAGCAUUUCAGAAUGGUUCUAUUUAUUUUGUGUUGCUAUUUUUAAUAUUGGAUGUUAAUGAGUUUAUUUUAUCAUUCAUUUACUUAUCAAACAGACGAAAGAUUAGAAAAACUUUGUUUUUGAGUAUUUAAACAAAGAUCACAUUUGAUUGUCAACAGUUCAAGCUACAACAGCAUGACCUGUGGCGACAAUUCAACAUUCCUAGCUGUAACCUCCAGCUCAGAUUUGGGUUUCAGGUUCUUCUGGGUUCUUUUUGGGUUUCCAUUCUGGGAGCCACUAUCGUUCUGUAUACAGAGUAUACAGCACCGGCUUGUGGUAUCUGCAGAUCCAACUCUUGGCAAAUGCCACAUAGACUGUUGCAUAGCUAGCCAUCUACUGGAGGGGCAAUGCUGUAUUCCCCCAGAAAUAAAACGACUACAAUGGGCGACCACGGGGCACUAAACGAUAAUCUCACCCAGGGCACAAAAAAUAGUGGGUAUCGGCCACCAGAUAGCGUUGUGUCCAUGUUCAUGCACAGUUUGCUUUUAACAAAGCCAUACUCUUUCCACGAUAUUAUAUAACAAAUGUAGAAGGUGACACAGUAUGAGUGGAAGUACUGCAGGUAUUAACUUGUACUUGUCUAUCAGGUGUUUUAUUGAGCACAUCACAAACUGUAUAUAAUUUAUCCUUUUGGACAUUUUUGUUGAGAAAGAUGAAACAUAUCUAAAUAUCACAGAGAAUUACGUUUAAUCAUGAAGAAAAAUUAUUAUUGUUACUCAGACACUGUUAGAUUUACAGUUGCAUAAAAAUAUUUAUCUUCCGUUAAUCAACUGUAGCUAAAAGUAAUUGUUUUGAUGAUGUCAGUCUGCAGGGUUUAAUGCCUGGGAUAGAACUGGUUUAAAUGCUAGCCUAAAUUUUUGGUCGUGCAAACUGAAGUGGUUAAGAGUGUGUGAUUUUUAAUUAUUAUUAUUAUUUUUUUUUUUUUGGAAGCUAUCAGUGCAUAAGAGGCUCUAAACACAUUAAUACAACACUACAUUCAAUUCACAUGUAUUCGUUCUGGUGCAAUAUUUUCUGCUCAUCAUUUAAAGCCGCGUGUCAUUUCCACUUAGACUUCGAGUGUCCUCUGUGUUUGCCCUCACCUGUGAAGGUAUACAGUUGGACGGUGGAGGUAAAGCUGAAGGUCCGUUGUCUAAUAUUUGCUGACCAACAGUGUGAGAGUAAGUGUGAACACUAACUGUGAGCAGUGGCAAACAACUACUGGCAUGUAUUGUCUGGUUGGGCUAGAGUCCUGGAGAGUGCAGGUAGAUGAUUAUCUUCUUCAGUUCUCUCAGCCACUUUGUUUUAAAAAAAUCACCUUCUCGCAUCAUCUUCUCUUUGCACUGUUCGUACUCUUAAAACUUAAUUUUUUAAAACUCUUGUGGUUUUAAACAGUACAGGAUAUUUUCAUCAAUGUGCUAUUUGGCAUUUUUGACCUGAGAGACUUUUCACUAGUCCAGUCACACACUAUUGAGAAUUUGUAAAUUCUUAAUAGAAAUAAAGUCUUAAAUUCAGCUUUUUUGCUCAGGGUUAAAUGAAGGGUUUGAAGCCUACAGUAUGUAGUGCAGAGCAGAAUUUUUAGGCGGCAUCUGGAGAUGCUCUGUACAUCAGACAUUUUUUGCAGCCUUUUCCUUCUAUUUCUCUUUUUGUCCUUUUAUUUUCUCAAGCAUUUAAAGCAAACGUAAAGAACAGAAGUUUGUUUCUCAUGUGGUUCGUAGUCGUUGAAGUCCUCUACCCUGGCUGAGCAGGUCAUGGGUUCCGGCUGCAUAGCACUAUGGCAGACUGCAAUAUAUGGAGAAUGGGGGGCAGUCGAACUUUCAACAGUUUAAGUUGCAGAUGAUCUUCUGUAUCUCUACAUUUCCUUUAAAUAGUUAAGAAGGAAAGGCUGUGAAUGUGUGUACCCGCCUAAAACUUUUGCACUGUGCCUGUGUCUUUCUGAAAUUUACUGUUAUAACAUAGUAUGUGAACGAUAUGAAAACAAAAGUGAAGAAAUUUCUGUUUUAAAGCUGUGUACAUUUUAAACACAUUUGUGUUUAUACGUUCCUUUUAGAUUCUCUCUUUUUUUUCUUCUUGUUUUUUUCUACCAUAGUCUCCCUUCUUUGGUUUUGUGAUAGUCCCAGGGUUUGGUUAACCAAAGACUGUCAGGCACUUUAGCAACUUAAGUGAUUGAGGACGCAGAAAAAUCUGGUUUGGAUUCAUUUCCUUUUUUCCAUUAACUGUUGGUGAGCAUACACAAAAGUAGCUACCUCCCCCAUACCACACACACACACAAAAACAACGUUUCAAAUCUUUCGAGGGUCUGACCAAUAAUUUGUUUUACCAAGAGCUAACAAAAAUCUUUGCUCGCUUGGGUUUGCUUGUAUGUGCAGGCACGGAGACAUUAACAGUGAUCAUGCAGCAAUCCUGGGACAAGCGGUGUAUACUGGGUUCUGUAGAUCCCAUGUUUGUUGUCCUCUAAAGUUGAUCAUCGUGUCGCUUAAGACAAACUAGUGUCAUUGUCUUUUGGUGAUGAAGAGGUUAUAGGUUCGGGUCUAAGGUGGUGCAGUGCUGAGAUUGACUGACUUGACUGUUGUGUUAUAUUAUAUUCCGGGUUAUAUUCAAUUAGGGACUAGCCCUAAUCCCAGUUUGGGUUGCAUCUGGUGUUAAAAUGGCUAUGUGGACUACCAGUGUGGUGACUCCUGAAGAAAGGGCACCACCUGCUGAAUCACACAGUAACUACAGCCUAGGGUUUAAUUGAAAAAAAUGUUUGAAGUCUUUUAGUGAAACUGGAGGAAAUAUUUGAAUUUUUAAAUUGGAAUUUUGUUGAUUUGCUUCUGGUAUGAUGCAACAAAACAAUGAAUUUGUCACUCGCAAGCAUUGUUGAUAUUGAUCUGUAACCAGUGCCUUGUGGUUCAUCUCUUUGUGACACCGAUACAUAUCUCAUCAUGAAAGCUGUAGCUGACAGGUAGUGUUUACAUGCCAUUGUUGUAUAUGUAGCACGAGCUACAACCAUGAAGUCCUGAAGGUCAUUCUGAAAAGCUUCAAAGUCAACGUCAGGACAUUCUGGAGCGUUUUCAAAUACAUAUCACUUCUUUAGUUUAAGAUUCUUUUUGAGAUCUAAGUAGAAGAUGAUCUUGUUGUUCUGAGGACUUACACGUCUUCACUAAACUCAAACAAGUCCACUUUCCUAAAUCUCCCUGAAAGGUGGAAGAGUUCAGUUUAGACAUGUUUGUCAUUUAGUCACUCGAGUUUUUUCUUACAAGAAAAUGCAGUUUGUCGUUGCUUUGUAAGACAAAGUUCACUACAAUUAUUGGCCAUUUUAAUAUCAGCAGAGUGGAGUUGCUGAUUCUCUGCUGUGUUAAUAAGUCAAUUCUCAUGUGUUAAAUAUUGUUCUCAGUGUUUAAAUUGGCUUGAAUGUAACAAAUCACCAACCAAAUUUCAGGCAGCAGUUGAUGAGCAGCUCCUGCAUUGCCCGAGCUAAAAAAAAACACAGAUUUUUUGUUUUUAAUGGGAUUUGGCAUGUAAAUUCUUAAUUAACAUUUUUUACAGUCGGAAGUCGCUGCAUUGUUAAUUGUUAACACAGUCGUCAACAAUGGGUUAGUAUCUGGUACGUCGACUCAAAAUGUCGUUAAAAUACAAACUUCGAGAUCAUCUACAACUUGAGCUCAACGUCGGCUUUUCUUUUAAUUAUAGCCAUUGAGUUAAAUUUCAGUAGGAUUUCAUAUUUACUUGCAUAGUUUUAAAUAACUUCUGUGGACCUGGGUCAUUUUGAAGGAAACCUCUUUAAGGUGUAGACAUCGUGGUGUUAAAUCUGUUUGAAGUGUUUUCGUUGUUUUUGGACUUUUGGCUCUCAGUUUGAUGGGUGUGCUGUCAUUUAACUUUUUUUUCUCAGCUUUUCAUAAUGAUCACCGUUUGUUUGCAUUAGGAUAUUUAAAUGAUUUAUUUAAAGGCAGCAACUUCACCACUUUUAACAUUUCCUGUUUUGCCUAAUUUUUGAUACCUUUAAGGUGUUUCUUACCUAAAUAGAUCUUUUUUGAGGUAUUUUGCUGUCUUAACAUUAGACUGAUCUUGUUUUUUAAUGAUUAAACUAAAGGCAUAUAAUGAUGUCAGAGGAGUUAUCCACUGUAGCUGCAACCUGUAAAUUCAAAGCACCCUUUUAAAAUUCAAUAAAAGUAAUUUCAUAGACUGUUUUGAAAA